AUGAUGAAAAGUUUUACAUCAUUCUACACAUUUCCGUGCCCAUACGGAUUCGUCAAAUGCCCCAAUAGUUUUUGUAUACCGUUGAGUUCUGUUUGUGACGACCGCAUUGAUUGCGAACAUGGAGAAGACGAGAUAAACUGCUAUACGUGGACUUGUCCAAAACAUUACCGAUGUAGAGAUUCAAAAAGAUGUGUACCAUUUGCUAAGGUUUGUGAUAAUGUGAUCGACUGUUCGUUGGGAGAUGAUGAGACACACUGCAAUUCUACAUGUCCGUCUUUAUGUACGUGUGUCAAGGGACACACCGAUUGCAGCUCAAAGGAUAUGAAGUUUAAAAGCAUAAGACAUAUCUCAAAGGACACAAGAAAACUCAAUUUAAGUCAUAACCAAGUCGUUUUUAACGAUGACGUUUCUUUCUUUGAUGAAUUUGAUCAUUUAGCCGUACUUGGGUUAGCUCAUUGCAAGAUUUCUGAUCUACCGGGGUUGAUUUUUUUAAGUUUGAAAAAUUUGCAGAAGCUCGAUCUAAGUUUUAAUAAACUGGUAAGAAUUUCAAAACGGUCACUGUUUGGACUUGAAAACCUGAGGGAACUCAAACUUCAAGGGAACGUUUUGUUGUCCGAAGUUGCAGUAGGUGCGUUUAGAGCCUUCCGGCUAAUGACGAGUCUUGAUUUAAGCGGUUUGUUUCUGAAACAAAUAGCCGAAGAAACUUUCGUUGGAAUGAAUAGCCUCGAAGUUCUGAACAUAUCUUAUAACAAAAUUGAUACUGUUGAAGACAAUGCUUUUAAACAUUUACAAAGUUUGAAGAAACUUGAUAUUCAACACAACGUGAUAACUUCGUUCGGUAAAGAUUCGUUUGCUGAUCUUAAUAGCCUGUCAUAUCUAUACACGGACUCGUUCAUGUUUUGUUGCAUUAAACCAAGUAGUUUAGAAUUAUCCAAUUGCCUUCCACCACCUGAUGAGUUUUCAUCAUGUUCAGAUCUUAUGAGGAAUCAAAUUUUGCGUGUAUUUAUUUGGUUCAUUGGAGGAUUUGCUUUUUUUGGGAACAUUUUAUCAUUACUGUUUCGUUUUCUGUCAGAACGUGAAGCAUUUAAAUGUGGUUAUGGCAUAUUGGUCACUAAUCUGUCACUAGCAGAUAUGCUCAUGGGCGUGUAUUUGCUGAUUAUAUCAAUCGCUGAUGUCACCUACAGAGGGAGCUAUAUUUGGAAUGAUACCACGUGGCGGAAUAGUGCGUAUUGUUCUUUUGCUGGCGGACUUGCGAUAUUAUCAAUUGAAUCAUCUGUUCUUAUCCUUACUUUGAUAACAUUUGACAGAUUUAAAUCAAUUAAGUUCAUGAAAGGCUACAAUGCCAAGAAAGCUAUUUAUUCCUGCAUUACCGUCUGGAUUGGUUCCAUCACUGUUGCAGUUAUCCCAAUCUUACCUGUGCGGGAACUUCAGAAUUAUUUUGGGGAAUCAUUCUAUUCCGUUUCCGGUGUUUGCCUCACAUUACCUUUGACAACAAAACGUUUGUCUGGAUGGAGUUACUCUGCAGGCGUGUUGAUAGUGUUCAAUUUCGUAUGCUUUGUUUGCAUUGCAAUCGGUCAGAGCAUCAUUUACUUGACCGUUAGUGGAACAAAAAUCAUGCUUGAGAGCCCAGAUCGUCGCAUCGAAUUCCAAGCUGCCAAAAGAAUAUCAACAAUUGUAAUCGCUGACUUUCUAGCAUGGUUUCCUGUUUGCGCUUUUGGGGCAAAUGCAUUGUACGGUGGCACUGUGAGUGGCGAUGUAUAUACAUGGAUAGCAGUGUUCGUUAUGCCCCUGAAAUCUGCGUUGAAUCCAAUUCUGAUCACUUAUUCUACUUUUAGUAACUCACAACUGGGUCGAAGGAUCUUAAACUAUUUUGGAUUCCAGACAACUCGAUUUUCAACUGGGAGGCAAGUUUCAGCAUACUUACAGAACGUUCACAAGAUUUAUAAAAUGAGAUGUCUUGUCCUUCACAAAGAGAAAACACACCAAUCCUUAAAGGAAUAUUUAACAUCUGUAAGGAACGUACCGAUAACAGACUUUGUGAUUGUCACGGCUCGUAUGGCGUUUAUCCUUGACAAAAUACAUAAUAUGGAUUUGACCAUUGGGCGAUUCGGAAACGACAAUGUUCUAAUAAAUCCAGACACAAACAAGGCGAUGAGACGACUUGUGAUAAAAGGUUUACCACGUGAAGCUAAAGACGACAACGAAAAGAGUACAAGCGUGUAUGAUUUCGGUACCGUGAUUGGUUGGAUGCUGAAACGUUACAAUGUACAGAAACUAAGAAGGGUCAAUUAUCCGGGUCAGGAGGCAUAAAAUGAGGACAACAA